UGGCAUGACAUUUUCUUAAUUAUUUGAGCAAUUUUUUUCGAAAGUCCAUUUUCCUUGGAUUUUGAAGGAUAAAGAUGGUGGAUUCGGCCUGAGGCUAUUCUUCAACGACGAUUAAGUCCAUCCAGGGCCAAUUUGGGCGGAUUUCUUUCGGGUCCAUUUUUGGUAGACUCCAAAGGGGUACCAUCACAGAUUUCGGGCGAUUUUUCCGAAAUGCCAUUUUCUUUCGAUUUUGGAGUCUACAGAUCACGGAUUCGGCUCGAGGCUAUUCUCCGCCGAUAAUAAAGUCUAUUGAUCCUAUUCUGCGCCGAUGAUUAAGUCAAUUAAGCACCGAAUUGGGCGAAUAUAUUUUGGGAUGGCAUUUUCGUAAUUAUUUGAGCAAUUUUUUUCGGAAGGCCAUUUUUCUUGGAUUUUGAAGGAUAAAGAUGGUGGAUUCGGCCUGAGGCUAUUCUUCAACGACGAUUAAGUCCAUCCAGGGCCAAUUUGGGCGGAUUUCUUCCGGGUCCAUUUUUGGUAGACUCCAAAGGGGUACCAUCACAGAUUUCGGGCGAUUUUUCCGAAAUGCCAUUUUCUUUCGAUUUUGGAGUCUACAGAUCACGGAUUCGGCUCGAGGCUAUUCUCCGCCGAUAAUAAAGUCUAUUGAUCCUAUUCUGCGCCGAUGAUUAAGUCAAUUAAGCACCGAAUUGGGCGAAUAUAUUUUGGGAUGGCAUUUUCGUAAUUAUUUGAGCAAUUUUUUUCGAAAGGCCAUUUUUCUUGGAUUUUGAAGGAUAAAGAUGGUGGAUUCGGCCUGAGGCUAUUCUUCAACGACGAUUAAGUCCAUCCAGGGCCAAUUUGGGCGGAUUUCUUCCGGGUCCAUUUUUGGUAGACUCCAAAGGGGUACCAUCACAGAUUUCGGGCGAUUUUUCCGAAAUGCCAUUUUCUUUCAAUUUUGGAGGCUACAGAUCACAGAUUCGGCUCGAGGCUAUUCUCCGCCGAUAAUAAAGUCUAUUGAUCCUAUUCUGCGCCUAUGAUUAAGUCAAUUAAGCACCGAAUUGGGCCAAUAUAUUUUGGGAUGGCAUUUUCGUAAAUUUUUGGAUGAUGUUUUUCGAUAGGCCAUUUUACUUGGAUUUUGAAGGCUAAAGAUCAUGUAUUCUGCCCGAGGCUAUUCUUCAACGAUGCUUAAGUCUAUUAAGCACCGAUUUUGGAGGAUUUCUUCCGAUUUCAUUUUUGAUAGAUUCCAAUGGGAUAUCAUCACAUAUUUAUGGUGAUUCUUCCGAAAUGUCAUUUUCUUUUUAUUUUGAAGUUACAUAUCACAAAUUUCGCCCGAGCAUAUCAUUCUCCUCCAAAAUCCGCUUAAACCGAAGCUGGCCCACAUUCACAAAGCCACCUCCUUCGGUUCUUCUUUAGCUCACAUGCUGGGCCGGCUUCCAUGAAAAAGUCCAUUACCGGCUCAUUUGAGUGAGCCACCACAAGCCCGCAAUCCUCCUCACUUAGAUCACAUUUAGGUUGGCCUGCGCCGUGUUAGUAUCUGCUAAGUGCUAACCCAUAUAGCAGAUUAACUUUUUCGCCUAAACUCAGCUCCUUCCCAGUUCCCACCAAGGUUCAUUCCUUUCCCGAUUAAACCGACAAUCCAGAAGGCCAUUAUGCUCCGUUUAAGGUUUCGUAUCUUCAAUGCUCGCCAAUAACCGGUGAGUAGUUCUUAUUGCUCACAUGUUUUCAUUGACAAGGGGGGAAGUUCCCGGUUUCCUCCAUGCCUGUCGUAAAGCAUUCAGCUUGCAGCAGAAUUUCAGCUUAGUGAACGUCAAAUUGAAAUGGGUUAAAGAUAGUGUUCUGGACAGGGUCGUCUCUGGCCACGGAGAUCUGAAAGCUGUCUGCUUUCUCGUUUCCAUAAUCUCAUCUGCUCCCAACCAUUCCCUCCCUGUCUACUCCCUCAUCAAGCAUCGUGGCCAAUUAGGAUUCCCUCUCGAUCUCAAGCUCUCAACUUUCCUUAGGAGAUACCCAACAAUAUUCCAUGAACACCACAUUCUCGACAGUGGUGGAACACGGGUACCUUCCUUCCAAUUGACUCCUGAGGCAUUGGAUCUCCACCAGGAAGAGCUAAAUGCAAUGGAUCAAAAUAGAAACGAUCUCAUAGAGAGGCUUUGCAGGCUUCUCAUGCUCACCAAGGACAGGUCUCUACCUUUCCAGACCAUUGACCAGCUGAAAUGGGACUUGGGAUUGCCUUACCAUUACCAUGAUUCCUUAGCAUUGCACCAUCCCGAUAAGUUCUGUUUGAUUCGCUUCCCUGAUGAUCGUCUAGGGUUGAAGCUCCGAAUAUGGGAUGAUCAACUCGCUGUUUCGCAGUUGCAGAGGAAGGCUCCCCAAAAAGAGCUAGAACAUGGUUGCUUAAGGUUUCCAGUUGGGUUCACCAGAGGAUUCGGGUUAAAAAGAAAGAGCAUGGUUUGGUUAGAAGAGUGGCAGAAGCUUCCUUAUACUUCGCCUUAUGUUGAUCCAUCGUGUUUGGAUGUGAGGACAGAUGUGUCGGAGAAGAGGAUUGUGGGAGUGUUUCAUGAGCUGCUUCAUCUGACAUUGGAGAAGAUGACCGAGAGGAAGAAUGUCAGCAAUCUAAGGACAUCAUUGCGUUUGCCUCAGAAGUUUACCAAGGUGUUCGAGCGCCAUCCUGGCGUGUUUUACAUAUCGAAGAAGUGCGAUACUCAGACUGUUGUUCUCAGAGAAGGAUAUGAUCGUGGAGAGCUCCAGGAGAAGCAUCCUCUUGUUGAUGUCAGGGUGAAGUAUGCAAGGUUGAUGAAGAGAGGAUUUCUGGAGAGAAGUAUGGGGUUGCAUAAAAAAAGUGAAGAGACUGUAGAGGAAGAAGGGAUUAUCAAUAACCAUCAGAGAUUAUAUGGGUGAGUAGCAUACACAGAUGAAACUAGCCCCUGCCAAAUUCUGUUGAUUACAGCUAGCCAGCUACUGUUGCUAUUAGCGAAGGGGUUAAGCUUACAUGAUAACUAAAGUAAGGUAUACUGAGGCGUUUCCAGUUCUUUCAUAAUGAGGGCUUGGAAAUUCCUGGAAUAGGAGAAGAUGUUGCUGUGCAAUUCAAUUAAGCUUCCAGUAUGUGGAGAAAGAGGAAUUGAGUUCCCUUGACUACUGAUAUCUUAAAAUAAUGUAUACUGAGGCGCUGCCAGUUCUUUCAUAAUAAGGGCUAGGAAGUUCCUGGAUUAGGAUAUCAGAUGUUGCUGUGUAGUUGAGUUAAGCUUCCAAUCUGGGAAAGUGGGAAUUGAGUUCCCUUUUUUUUCCCCGGUUAAUGAAUUGAGUUCCCUUGA